AUGACAAUAGAGAAUACCAAAGCCGACGAGGUCUAUAGCAUCAACCUCAAUGCAACUACGUGCUGUGUCAUGUCGGUGUGUCAUUUGCAUUUCAGAAACUUUGCGCUCAACUCCCAACAAGUCUCUACCUUCUUCAACCAUCCAUCCUUCUAUUCCCACAACACACACUCGCAGAUAUCACCAACCCAGAAAUUUGUCAAGAUGGUUACCUGGGAACUUUCUCUCACGGAGAAGAACCGCGAAGACUACCUAAAAGCGCUCGAGGAGUUUCUGGAUCGUUCGACUACGACCAGGCAUGCCUUCCAUUCGGGGCUUGACUGGCAUCGAUCCACGCGAGCUAUCAACAACCCCAAUCGUGCGUGGGAUGUCAACGAUGCUCGGCGACCAGAAGAGCAGCAAUCUCAGAUCGACGCUGAGAUUCCUCGGCGGCUAGCGAUCGCUUGCUGUGUGCAAGCGAAGAUUCGUUCCAUACCUGAUGAAGGUACUAUUUACCUAGAGGAGCUGCCUGGUUGGACGGAGGACGAGCUUCGCAACUUCUCUCUCAACAUGAUGCAGUUUGCUCUUUUCUUCUGCGUCAGCCUUUCGCAGUUGGAACAACGGCUGGAUGAUUAUGAAGUAACAUGGUGGUGUCAACAAAUGAAGGCUGUCGAGCCUGCACUAUGCCACUGUAAGCUCUUCUACCUUCUCCUAUCGUCACCACAGUCAUCUCCGUCUGGCCUUCAUGGCCGUCGUCCCUCUAUUGUCCCCCAAUCCCCAUCAGUGGAUGUUUGUCACAUCUGGCCCUUCGCUGUCAACAACUCUCCCUUCAAAGCGAUGACCCUACGGCGAGCUUUGGUAAAGUUCUCUAUCGCCAACUUCCCUGGAAGCGGUUUCACGGACCUCAUCCGCUUUCUAUGCCCCGGAGACGAAAUCGCAAGCUCCGACAUGGCCUGGAACAUGCUGACCAUGGCACCGACACAGCACCGCGAUUGGUCCAGAGUCCGGUUCGGCCUGAAAUUUGUCGACAACUCCGUCAAACCGUUGGAUACAAACGCAGCACGUGGUGACGGUGCUAGUCGGACUGGACAGAAGAAGAAAGCAACCGAAGAAGCUCCGGAGACGCCAAAGGCAAAGGCCGCGAAGCAGCCAGAAGCCAGGGUCAGCACUCGCUUGUCCAGAGAAACGGGCUCCGCAGAAGGUCCCAAUACCGAGGGCAGCGACACAUCUGAGUGGUCAAGCUACUCAGUCGAGCUACAUUGGAUGCCAAGACGUAUGGUGGAAGAGCUAGCGAAGCAUACCACCGAUUCCAGUGAGGGCCUCUGCUACAACAAGAUGAAACUCGAUUCCGAGGAAGAGAAAGAAUUGGUGACGGCUACACUGAGCGACAUCUUCACGAACAAAGACCUCACAGGCCAUGAACCUACAGGCAAAGAUUCGCCUGGCACGGAUGAUACCUCUCCCAAGGAGACCAAACCGAUUAUGUGGGAUUCUUCGGGCCGGCCAGUCGAGUCUGGCCACGUUUUUACCUUCCGAGCUGCCACCGCAGAUAUGAAGAAGACCGAGGCGAUGAUUCGGAGUCAGUGGCUGAUGAUCAAGCUGGCCGCCUUGUCUGCCGCCGCCGAGUCCGUGAACAUUCUGGACAGAAGACCGCCCUUCGGCCCCAUAUCUCCAAUUUGGCAGAGGAACUCUCAGGGCGAGUUUGUUGUUCUUCCACCGCCACCCGUGCAGACUACCCCACAGCCCGAAGCUCAGGAGACGAAGAAGGAAGAAGAGUCUUAG